GGACCCCAGAGCGCUUGACAUGAAAUCUGGGCGAGCUUUUGAAUGUUUUGAUCGUUUGAUUGUAAACUAAAGUCACGUAAUUCAACCAUGUUUAUCACUUCACAAAACUCUACGCCUGUGUUUAAGGAUUCCACGCUUGUUUUGCCCGCGGUGGCAGUGGGCAACGUGGGGCAGCUGGCGGUGGAUCUCCUCAUAUCCACCUUGAACCUGACCAGAGUCGGUUUUCUGCACACGGACUGCCUCAUUCCCAUGGCGGGCAACAACCCAUACGCCACUGGCAAGGACGACGCAGAUGAGCUACAUACAGCCGCAGAAGUCUUUGCUGCACCUGAGCUCAAGCUAGCAGUUCUUCAGAUCAGAGCACCAAUUGUCAAGAGGAAAUCUAGAUGUUUCCGUCAACUGCUGCUGUCCUGGAUCAAGGCAAGUGGAUUCUCCCGGACAGUGGUUCUCUCCAGCAGCCAUGCCUACCAAAGAGAUGACCAGCAACUGCAAGGGACCCCGUUAAGGUACCUGGUCACGCCAAGCUUGCAGAAGUGUAUCGGCGAUGCCUUCAAGGAUCUGGGCUGGAUAGAGAUGGAGAGGAUGCCCAUUUGCCCGGGACGUUUAGACGCCGAAGCUGAAGAGCCAAGACUCUACGUCCCCGGUGGAGGCAUUACUAAAGGCCUCUACAUAGACAGUUGCACCGAGGACGUUCCGCUGGCAGUAUUGCUCAUCUUCUGCUCGGAGGGUGACAAUGUACCUGACGCCUUGGCGCUUGUCAAUCAUAUGGACGAUUGGCUCCAUCUGCUGGACAACCCGAACCGGGAGCCCAAAUGGAAGAUUCCAACUUCCUGGAAUCUUCUGUUUGGGAGCGGCAUCCCUCCAGCCCUUUUCUGAAUUUUUUUGUAACCCUUGUUCUAUAUUUCAAUAAAAUCUAUCAAGAGCCAGAGUGAA